UCCAGUUCUUCUGUACUCAGUCCUCACCUGUGCAAGUUCAAGCCAAGGCGUGUAUCUCAAUACGUACUGCAUGUACACGAGUACACACACACACACACACGCACACACUUGUUGGAGUGAUUCCGUGGAUUGGUCGGAUUGGUCAGAGUUCGUGCUAGUAUUAUUCUUAGGCGUGUAAGGUUCCUAUCGCUUUGAAAUUGGCAAUCAUGGACGCCGAUGAUAACUACACUAUUGACUGCACCGAAGAGGAGUUCUUCGAGCUGACCGAACGAUUGCUUGAGAAUGAUGAGAACAAUUGUGCUCGAUACAUCGGAUACGAUCUCCAAGAUCGUAGAGAAGGUAAUCGGGAUGUCUCGGAAGAGCCACUGUUUUAUGAUGUGGAUGAUACCUUGUUUGAGAUCCCGACCGUGGCCAAGUUAAUUGCUUUGCACGACAACUACGAAGUGCAUGUCCAUGAGGCUGAAGAAGUGACUGCCGAGGAGAUCCAGGAGGAACGCGACUUCAUCGACGCUUGUAUGGAUACGAAAGUGAUGGAAAUUGCCCGCCAAUUCAUGAUCGAAAAAAGACUCAUUUCGAAUGAUCUCAUGUCGUUCAAGCGUUUUCUCCACAAGAUGUGGUUCGCGUUGUACCCGCGAUCUCGGCGAGUUCUCGGAUCUUGCGCUUUCGAGCAUGUCUUCAUGGGCGAGCUCAAGGAAGGCAAGGUGAAUGGGUUCCAUAAUUGGAUCUUCUUCCUCUUGAACGAGCGGAAAUCGUCCGUUAACUACUACGGGUUCAACUAUUGUCUCUCAUUCCGAGGCAAAGGUGCCGUGGCCAAGACCAUUUUUGCUUGGGACGGCAAAGUGAAGCCAUGCAGCUCCAUCUUCAUUGGUCUCAGCCCUGAGUUGGAACUGAUCUUGUACACCAUGUGUGUCCUCAUGAAACCAAACGAUACUUGCACCGUGUCUUUGGCGGGUAAAACCGUGGACAUUCAGACCCACGUGUUCACCAAUAGGGGCAAGAAAUACCUUGGAUCCGCCUAUCCUGACCUCUGAUUUGGAGCAUAGGUUUUGAACUGACUUCAAGAUUUUGACCAAGAUGCUUGCCAUGUAUGUGUAACUGAUCAUACUUUUUAACAUCAUUAGAUGAACAACAUUCAACUUCUUUCUUCUUGAUCGAAAACACUGAUCAUAUGUAUUGAUUGGUUUUGGAACAGGAUAGUAAACAGCGAUGCUUGAUCUAUCAUGACUGACGAUUUUGGAAAACGGCGAUUUGACUGAAUUGAGAAUAAAUAAAAAAAGUCAUUUAAGUUGAAAGCAUUGCUGCUUACCUCAUCACAAGCGAAGAAAUCACAUCAACUUACGAACUAUGAAUCAUUUGAGUACGAAUAAAUUGUAAUGCUUUGAUCUGGCCCAAAAAAAA